UGCUGUUUGUUUUGAUUAUGAUUUAAUGACUAAAUGACGAAUAAAAGAUUAGUGGCUAGUGCGCACAAAUAACAACGUAAAAAACUGUUGUGAUUAUUAUUUACUGUUUAUAAAUGCGGAAGAAUUUUUAAUCAAUCCUAUAUUGAAUCAGAUCUACAGGAUUCGAUAUUCUGUCGUGAGCACUGGGUUGUUCAGGUCCUUCCAACAACGCUUAGAUGAGUGAAACGAUACUAGUGUGAACCUUACGAGAGGCAGAGAAAAACAAUUGCGUAUUUAACGUUGUUGACCAGGCGAUGAGAAAAUGGCAACUCUGCUAGAAAAUACAAAAGGGAUGACAGAUUCCGAAACUCAUCUGUUGUCUUUCAGCCUCGACAAUUUGGAAAUUGACCCCACCAGGCCUCAUAAGUAUCCUGGAAACAUUGUGGAAAAGGAUAAUGACAAUAAAGAACCAUAUCCAACUGGUUGUGUAAUAUGCCGUUGUAUGAAUACGAAAUCUUUAACCUGUGCAUAUCCUCAAAAACAAAAUACUGAAUUGCCAUCAAAAGAUUGCAUACUAAGGCCUCCUAAAUUAAACAGAGUAGAGCGAUGUAAACAACAAUAUGCAGCAGCAUCUCCUGUACCUGUCAAUCGAAGGUUUAACCGUAAACAAUUAAAUCGAAAAUGGUCAACCGAUGAUGAAUUUCUAUCAGAGUUAUCAUUGAACAAUAACAACAAUAGUAACGAGUGUACUAAUGUCAUACCAUGCACGGAUGAUGUAACAAUUGAUGAGUUGGCCAGUUAUUUUGAAGAUCUAGUACACAUUCCUAAAAAAAUGUCUGACAUGGCUGAACUGAUGUACAAUUAAACAUAUACAUAUAUUAUGAAUCAUUUAUUGUUAUUCUGUUUGUUUUUUAGGUAAAACUUUUACUGACUUAAAAAAAAUAUUAUAAUAAUAAUUUGUUGUAAUCAAUCAUAUUCAAUUGUUAUACAUAAUAUUUUGGCAAUUGAAAAUACUGAUUAAAAUGUAUAGAUAUGAAUUGUUGUCUAUGUUCGUUUUUAAAGACCAAGUCAUGUAACAAUAUAAUUAUAUAGUCACUUUUUAAAUAAUCAUAAUUUGACGUGUACAAGGAAGUAAAUUGCUAAUAAGUACAUCAUUACUAUUCAUUAUGUAACAUACUGAUAGUCAAGUGUGUAUUCUCAACAAAUUUUUACUAAAAUAGUUUGGUUGUAAGAAUACAAAUUAAA